CAGCCCCCCUCACCCCGUCCCGGUGCGGCGCGGCCCGGCCGGCAGGCUCCUGUCACCUCCGGCGGGACAGGCCCAGGCGGGACGCUCGCGGCGGCGCCGCCGCCAUGGUACUCAUCAAGGAAUACCGUGUUAUCCUGCCUGUGUCCGUGGAGGAGUAUCAAGUGGGACAGCUGUAUUCUGUGGCAGAAGCCAGUAAAAAUGAAACUGGUGGAGGUGAAGGAGUGGAGGUCCUGGUGAAUGAACCCUAUGAAAGAGAUGGAGAGCGUGGGCAGUACACACACAAGAUCUACCACUUACAGAGCAAAGUGCCAACAUUUGUGAGAAUGCUGGCCCCUGAAGGUGCUCUGAAUAUACAUGAAAAAGCCUGGAAUGCCUAUCCCUACUGCAGAACUGUUAUUACAAAUGAGUAUAUGAAGGAUGACUUCCUGAUCAAAAUUGAAACCUGGCAUAAAUCAGAUCUUGGAACACAAGAGAAUGUUCAUAAACUGGAGCCAGAUGUAUGGAAGAAUGUAGAAGCUAUUUAUAUAGACAUUGCUGAUCGGAGUCAAGUACUUCCCAAGGAUUACAAGGCAGAAGAAGAUCCAGCAAAAUUCAAAUCUGUCAAGACUGGACGUGGACCUCUGGGUCCCAACUGGAAGAAGGACCUGGGGAAACAGACAGAGUGUCCAUACAUGUGUGCUUACAAACUGGUAACAGUCAAGUUCAAGUGGUGGGGUCUGCAAAAUAAAGUUGAGAACUUUAUACAGAAGCAAGAAAAGCGUCUCUUCACAAACUUCCAUCGGCAGCUCUUUUGCUGGCUUGAUAAGUGGGUUGAUCUGACUAUGGAGGACAUUCGUAGGAUGGAGGAGGAGACCAAGAGACAGCUGGAUGAGAUGAGAGAAAAAGAUCCAGUGAAAGGAAUGUCGGCUGCAGAUGACUAAUGUGACUUCUUCCUUGUGCACCUUUGCAAGACAGUCGUCAGGAAGGCCCAGGGAAUCCACACUCUUGCCUGACGGACCAUCUCUGGAUCAAGCCUUCCUCUAUCCAACCGGCAGGCGAUUUUAAACCUCCCAUAGCUAAUUCUAGAUGCCCUUUAAUAUUGUGAGCAAAUAGACCGUCUGGUACUAAGCACUCCAACGUUAGCACGUGUACAAAGGAGGCAGCUCCUCGGACACGUGUGACUUAGAGAUCGCUGUAUUUACGACUCCUCCCUCCAUUUUUUUUUUCACUGUGUUCAGACCAAUUUCCAUGUGGACUCUGUUUGAUUUCCAAGUGACAUUUUUAGCUAAAAUAGUCUUGUGAUGUGGUGACUUAGAUUUAUUUUGUUUUUUCCUUUUUCUAAGUGGGAUAAACUGCCGCCUUCGUUCCUGCCCAGUCCUUCACCAUUCUUUCAGUGUCUAUUUAAAGAGGGAAAUAGUCAGUAUUUUUAGAGUGCAAAACUAUUCCACAAAAUGCUAUGCUCCUGUUCCCAGUGUUAAGAAAUUUAAUGGCAUGUAAUCUGAAUACAUAAUCAGGAAUAGCCAGAUAUAGUUCUUGGUCUGCGAUGAAUUGUGAUGCGUGGCUUCUGCACGGCAUUACUUUGUGUUCUGUCUUAGCACACGUGAAAGAAAGACUGCACAGAAACUGCAUUCAGCCUCCCCAUGCUGGAGCCUUCAGCACAUAGCUGUUGAGUUUCAGUGUGGUGGUACGUGGUCCCUUUGGCCCAUGUAGCUAUGUUGUCUUUGAGCUGCCUGUGUCAGUCUUACAAAAUCAUUAUGAAAGGUUGCUCUACGUAUGUUGCAACUUCCUCCUUUAUUUACUAAGGGUUCCCAUAACUUACAAAGCUAAAAUUAUUUUGACUAAUAAUAAUAAUAAUGUGAUUCUCCCUGGAGAAACUGAGAUGUAGCAGAAGCUGGUGUACAAGUAAAGUCUUGGUAUCUGGUUCCAGCCAGGUGCCUGGUUUGGUGGUUCUGCUCAGCAAUAAUAUUCUUCCCAUUGCAAGACUGACUAAAACAUCUCCUUUUGUGCUAUAAAAAAGCAACUUGUAAAGACCUGCAGUUGUUUUCUAAGGUAUCUGUCAGUUAUUAUAAAUCAAAAAGGAUACUCUUAAACAAUGUAAAGAGCUCUGGUUUAUUUAAUGGACUCAAAUACUUACUGUAACUAUCUUUAUGUUGAUACCAGCUUUAGACAAUCAAAUCAGCAGAACAGAAUCAAAGAAAUGCUGCUUUAUUAAAUAUAGAUGAGAAAAAAACACCUAUUUCUUUGUUUACACCUAAGGCCUAAUGCUUGGGGGUUUUGGCCCUAUGUUUGUUUUGGUUUGGUUUUGUGAGGUUUUUUUCCCAGUAGUAAUCACUUUGACUUCUUCCACUCACUUCUGUGUUUGGCAGCACUAACAGGAAAUACUGAAUGCCACACACAGUUGUGGGUCUCUUACACUUCUGAGGAAUCAUCUUGGCAUUCUGUGAUCCAUCCGAUUCCGUCAGCCCCUCACGUUCCUGCAAGCAGAUCCUGACAUGCUGUGAUCUGAGCCGUGUGCAGUGCGAGGGAAGACGAGGCAUGCUGUGAAGGGAGAGGAUGGCAUUUGCUUUCUGGAGAGGGGGCAGUUUAUCCCUUUAUGUUUAGUUUGUUAUUUUGCCUUACUCAUGUCUAAGUGCAAUAAGCUCUGAAUUGUACCAGUAACUCUGGCAGGCUCUUCUCAGUGACCUCAGAUGGUUUUGCGGGGCGGGGGUGGGGCUUGAGGGAUUUUUAGCAAUCUCACCAGGCAGAAGUGAAACAAAUUUGUUGUAAAAUAGGUGAAGAAACUGAAUUUUAAUCUGUGAGGCUAUUUGGGACCAGAAUGUUUCAUGGCAUCUUCUGUAGCUGUUCAAGAAGUAUUCUAGGAGCGUAGGCCCCAGUUCCAGUUCCUUCAGUUUGAAGUAUUUUUAACUGAGAAUUUAUGCACUGACUUCUGUUUGUGUUUGUCAGUUUCGUGUUGAGGGAUUCUUACACUUGAGGACAACCUGACAAUACACAUAGCACACUUGUUCUUUCGGUUUGUGUUAUCCAAGAGGCUUUCUAUCCGAUGACACUAAUCGCUGUGGAAGCAGAUUGUAACAUUCCACCGUGCAAUCCUUUUUUGAUCCUCUGAUUUCAGAGUAAGAGCUUUUACAUAAAGCUUUCCUGAUUAGUGGAAAAACUGGGGAAAAAACUGCAGGAACUCCAGUCUGAAUACUUCCCCCACCUCUCCCUGCCUCUUGCUUGUUUUCCUUCCAGUUUAAUCCCAAGUGAAAGCAUCCCUCAGCCUUGGGAUAGACAAAUCCUAGAGAGACCUUUCAGCCUCGAUGCUUGGUUCCUGCUAGUGAGCACACAGUGAAGAUGGCACAGUAUUUACCGUUGUAUCUUUCAUUGGCUUUGGCAAGAACCCCCUGACCUGCCAGCUGGGUUGUCACUGUGCUGUUUGUCUGUCCUGGGGCUACAGUUGUGCUGUGAGCCUCUCACCCAUCCGUGCCGAGUGGGUUGGAGGGUCCAGAGGCAGAUCCCUUGCCCCAGCUUGGGUCUGGCUGGUUCGCUGAUGGGGCUGCUUGCCCCUGCCCCGCUGCACCUCUCUGGGUUCAUCCCUGCUGGGCCCCCCCGAUGCGUUCUGAUGAGUUCAUCGUGCUCUUUCCUUUGGCAACACACACUUUGUAGAAUGGGUUAGAUUAUCUUGUCGUUUCUUUACAUGUGAGUUUGUGCCUUUUUUGUCUCCUCAAUCUUCCAAUACAGGCAUAUUGGAAAUGAAAUCUAAUAAAAUACUAGACAGA